ACCAAAACCUGCAACCCUCAGGCGCACCCCCCCCUGCGGUCCUGUGCUGUCCCCUCCCCCUCCCUCUACCAAAGACGGUGGUGGUGGUGGUGGCCUGGUGGUGGUGGGGGAGAAGCUGGCGGGCGCGGGCGCGGGCGCGGGCGGACGGGAAGAUGAAGCCCACCAAGACAACUCAAAACCCAACGGUCACUCCUCCUCCCUCCUGCCUUUCGCUUCUUUUAAGCCUUUAUUACUCUCCUCUCUCUCUCUCACACACACACACUCGCACACACCGUCUCUUUCAUCGCAUCCCACCCCCACCCCACGAGCAUCCAGCCUGCCCUCUCGCCGCACGCCACGAGCGUAGUCGUCGCCGGCGAAGACGGCCUGCCUGCGUGUCUAGUCGGAGCCUGAGCCUCCGCCCUCGUGCUGGCUCCCGGGAAAUAAACGACGCGAGAGGUAGCGGAAGCGGACGUGGUCGAUGGCGAGAGGUAGCACGGGCGCAGGCGAGGAGGAGGAGGAGGAGAGGGCGGCGAGCGAGGCGCUGACGGCGGACUCGGCCGACGAAGAGGGGCGACGCGGGAGCAGCUCCAGCGCCAGCUCCGAGGCCGCCUCCUCCACCGUCUCCUACACUUACUCCCCGCCCGACGAGUGGCAGCAGAAGGUGGCCAUCAAGACCUGCGUGUCGGUAGUGUCGGCCGACGUCGCGGUCGCGGGCGCGGGCGGGGCUGACGACGGCGGCAAUGAGAAAAAGCCGCCGAGAGCCUCAGAGAUGGAGAUGAUGAAGGAGAGGUUCUCGAAGCUUCUUCUCGGCGAGGACAUGUCCGGGAGCGGCAAGGGCGUCUGCACCGCGCUCGCCAUCUCCAACGCCAUCACCAACCUGUGCGCGACGAUAUUCGGCCAGCUCUGGAGGCUGGAGCCGCUGCUGCCGGAGAAGAAGGCCAUGUGGCGGCGGGAGAUGGACUGGCUGCUCUGCGUCAGCGACCACAUCGUCGAGCUCGUGCCCACGUGGCAGACGUUCCCGGAUGGUACAAGGCUUGAGAUCAUGACAAGCAGGCCACGGUCUGAUCUGUACAUCAACCUGCCGGCACUUCGGAAGCUAGACAACAUGCUCCUCGAAAUCCUGGAAGGAUUCAGAGAUGCCGAAUUCUGGUACGUGGACCAGGGCAUCUGCGCGCCGGACUGCGACGGUUCCGCGUCCUACCGGAGAACGUUCCACCGCCGCGACGACAAGUGGUGGCUCCCGGUGCCCCGCGUGCCCCACGGCGGCCUCUGCGAGGCCACGCGGAGGCAGGUCGAGCACCGGCGCGACUGCGCCAACCAGAUCCUGAAGGCCGCCAUGGCCAUCAACAGCAACGCCCUGGCCGAGAUGGACGUGCCGGACUCCUACCUCGACUCGCUGCCAAAGAACGGGCGCGCGACGCUGGGCGACGUCAUAUACCGGUACAUCACCUCGGACCACUUCUCCCCGGACUGCCUCCUCGACUGCCUCGACCUGUCGUCGGAGUACCAGGCGCUGGAGAUCGCCAACCGCGUCGAGGCCUCCGUCUACGUGUGGCGCCGGAGGGGCGGCGGCGGCGGCCACGGCGCCGCCGCGAAGCCGGCGAGCCGUGCGGGCGCCAAGUCGUCCUGGGGCAUCGUGAAGGACAUGAUCAUGGACACGGAGAAGCGAGACCUGCUCGCCGAGCGCGCCGAGGGGUUGCUGAUUUCGCUGAAGCAGCGGUUCCCCGGGCUCACUCAGACCAGCUUGGACAUGAGCAAGAUUCAGUACAACAAGGACGUGGGGAAAUCGAUCCUGGAGAGCUACUCGAGGGUGCUGGAGAGCCUGGCGUCCAACAUCAUCGCACGGAUCGACGACCUGCUCAGCGUCGACGAGCUGAGCAAGCAGUCAGACAGCAUUCCGUCCGCCGGCGUGGACGCGAAGAUCGUCUGCAAGAUCAACAGCAGCAGCAGCAGCAGCAGCAAGCAGGCGGCCACGGUGGUGCCCGCCUCGGGCACGCCGUACGCGACGGCGUACACCACGCCGAGCUUCUCGCCGGCGCAGCUGUCGAGCCCGUCCAAGAUCGGGAGGGCCCUGCUGGUCGACCGCCGGUCGCACCACGUCAAGGGGCCCGCCGGAGCUACUAAGAGGACAACGGCGAGGUCCGUGGCUGACCGCGCUGGCGUGGCGGAGGUCGUCAAGGGAAUUGUGGUCGGCAGCGCCGUGUUCGAUGUCCCGACGGCUGUCACAGCAGAGAUGUGAAGACCCAUGGGUUCAGAUCGAGGUCGCCUGUGGAGGCCUCUAUGUGUAGUGUAUACGUAGCUCGCUCGCUCGUCUGUGCGUGCCAGAUACGUUGUGGCGUGUAGGAGUGUUUACUGUAGCAUCCGAGGGCGGUUUCUCUGGUUGUCAGCCCUCCUCCGGUUGUAAUGUUUGGCGCGGUGUCAUGUAGGACUUGGUAUGUUAAGGGAGUUAGGGCAACGGAUCUAGUGCAAACUCAUCUUCCGUGCAAA